CGCUCGGAUAUAUACACAUUGUUAAUUCUGUUAGCGAAGUCUGCACCGAUCAUGUCGCGUGUGUACAAGGCGCUGGUGAUGGCGGCGGACCGCUUCGUGCCGUCGCGCCUGCGGCCGUUGUGGGAGCACGACGCGGGUCCCAAAACCAUCUUCUUCUGGGCGCCAGCGUUCAAAUGGGGGCUGGUGGUGGCGGGGCUGGGCGACCUGCGGCGGCCGGUGGAGGCGCUGUCGCUGCCGCAGUGCGGCUCGCUGGCCGCCACGGGGCUCAUAUGGUCGCGCUACUCGCUCGUCAUCAUCCCCAAGAACUACAGCCUGUUCGCGGUCAACGUGUUCGUGGCCGUCACCAACCUGUACCAGAUGGGGCGCGCCUACCGCUACCAGCGCUCGCGCGGCGCGCCCCACCAGUGACCACUGUGAUACCUCGACGAAAUGACAACGUAGUUUACUAGUGAAUUAUGAAUAGGUUGAUAAUAAGGGCGGUCCGACUGGGACUUAUUUAUGUUUUUAUUUAUUUAGUUAAUUUUAAAUGACACGCGACUACAUAAGUCUCGAGUCUCGCGAGCUCGGUGCCCGCCGCCGACGAAUGAUGAUCGACUACUUGUACUACAGAUAAAAUUAAUAGAAACUAUUGCAAUUGCAUUGGACCCGAUACUCGUAGGUACUGUGGUCUUCAUUACUACUAAAUAUAACUAAACAUAACUAUUGAAUAAUAUUGUACAACUGUUAUUUUUGUAUGGUUUUGAAGUAGAUAAAUAUAUUUUUGUACCAUC